CGGCGCCCGCCGCCCCGGGAGCACCCAUGCCCCGCGCGCUCCGGGCGCCGUAGGUUGCAGCUGCGCCGCGGCCGCGGGGGGCGUCAAUGGAUCGCCAUUCCAGCUACAUCUUCAUCUGGCUGCAGCUCGAACUCUGCGCCAUGGCCGUGCUGCUCACCAGAGGUGAAAUCAGAUGCUACUGUGAUGCUGCCCACUGCGUGGCAACUGGUUAUAUGUGUAAAUCUGAGCUGAGCGCCUGCUUCUCUAGACUUCUUGAUCCUCAGAACACAAAUUCCCCGCUCACCCAUGGCUGCCUGGACUCUCUCGCAAACACGGCAGACAUCUGCCAAGCCAAACAGGCACGAAACCACUCUGGCACCACCAUGCCCACAUUGGAAUGCUGUCAUGAAGAUAUGUGCAAUUACAGAGGGCUGCAUGAUGUGCUCGCUCCUCCCAAGGGGGAGGCCUCAGGACAAGGAAACCGCUAUCAGCACGAUGGCAGUAGAAACCUCAUCACCAAAGUCCAGGAGCUGACUUCCUCCAAAGAGUUGUGGUUCCGGGCGGCUGUGAUUGCUGUUCCCAUUGCCGGCGGCCUAAUUCUGGUGUUGCUUAUUAUGUUAGCCUUGAGGAUGCUUCGAAGUGAAAACAAGAGACUGCAGGAUCAACGGCAACAGAUGCUGUCCCGUUUGCACUACAGCUUCCAUGGACACCAUUCCAAAAAGGGGCAGGUGGCAAAGUUAGACUUGGAAUGCAUGGUGCCAGUGAGCGGGCAUGAGAACUGCUGUCUGACCUGUGACAAAAUGAGACAAGCAGACCUCAGCAACGAGAAGAUCCUCUCGCUCGUCCAUUGGGGCAUGUACAGUGGGCACGGGAAGCUGGAAUUCGUAUGACGGAGUCUUACCUGAACCGAAGUUCUUGGACGCUUGAAGGCUUUGAGUUCUGCUGGACAGGAGCACUUUAUCUGAAGAAAAAAACGGACUCACGGAAUCCCCUUUGAGAGACAAAAUGACCUCUGCAAACAGAAUCUUGGAUAUUUCUUCUGAAGGAUUAUUUGCACAGACUUAAAUACAGUCAAAUGUAUUAUUUGCUUUAAAAUUAUAAAAAGCAAAGAGAAGACUAUGUACACACUGUUACCAGGGUUAUUUGCAUCUGAGCGAGCUGGAAUCGAGUACCUAAAUAACCUAAAAUGUGCUCUGUGUAAGCUCCAACAUCUUGAUUUAUUGUAAAGAUUUAAAAAAAUAUAUAUAUAUAUUUUGUCUGGAAUUUAGCAGUGUCUUGUCAUAAAUUAAAAACUAAGUGGGAAGCAUAAGAAACUCCGUGUUAAUGAUACAAAUGAAGACCUGUUGUUGCUCAGUUAGGUCUCGACUAUGCUUUGGCUUGAUUUCUUUGUUUUUUUUUUUGGUUUUUUUGUUUUUGUUUUUGUUUUGUUUUUGUUUGUUUUAAAGCAAGACUGAGAUCUUGUUUAUUCUUACAUGCAUAUUCAUCGUUUCCUUACAGUAUGGAGAAUUUCUAAAUGUGUACUGCCCACCAUUCAGUGUCUUCCCCACAUUUUUUUGUUAGAAUAAUCCUGAUGUUUAGCUUUCACCUAAGAGAAAUCUUAAACUUCCUUAUACCAGGUCAGAUAUGAUGGAUCAGUGUCUGGAGCUGCCUUAUUAACAAAGAUAAUAUUCAUCAACUUAAUCCAGUUGCUCUGGAAUGCUUUUUAGAAUGUGUCUACCUCCAACCAAAAAAAGAAAAACCGAACCAAACCUGCUCAACGAAACUUUUUCUUGUAGUUAAUGUUAGUGACUGUCUACUUCUACUGUUCGUUAAUCAGUUGACUUUGUCUCAGACCAAAUGCAAUUUUUUGGAUUUCAAAUUAGCCAAACUUGAUUGUGUCAUGCUCCUAGUUUUCAAGCCUUCCUUCGAUGCAGUGUUCUACUCACAUUUUUUUUUUUUCUUAAUGUUUAGAAAGGGUGUCAAUAGUGAACAUAUUUGUAUCAAUUGGGAUUUAAAGAACAGGCAGGCAAUGCCACUAGGGCUCCUUGUCCUCCACAGUGGUGACUUCAGCCACUGAUAGACUAAGUAAUAGUGUGUCCACUCCUGCAGGACUUUAUGCCUGGCAAUAACUGCUCAGCCUGAAUUUAAACCCAUGCCACAUUUGUGUAUUUUUUCCUCCAAAUAGGUCUUUGUUAGCCUCCAUGUGAGAAGAAUUUGCCAUGUAGGAUUCUUUUUGAUUCUUUAUUUGUAUAUUUGAAACUUUUGCUUAAAAAUUAACCUCUAGUUCUGCAUAUUUGAGUAUGGGGUUUUCUGAGUGUUAAAGGAUUGUGUGCGCAUAUUUGGGGGAUUAUUUUAUGAUCAGCAUAAUUUGAGUCCCUUAAGACAGAGGCAGUAGCCAAGUUCAUGGAAGAAUUGGGAGUUGAAAUGCCUAGUCUAAAAACGAGUACCUAGAUCAUUUAAUAAUUAAUAGACCACAGCCCCAUACAAAGUAGGCUAUGGAAUAAAUACACAUUUUAAUAAAUGACA